CGACCAUCGACAUCUUCUUCCUCUUCUCUUCGGAUGGACGGACUCGCACGCUUCCAAGCGCUCUUCCGAGGCCAGCGAGCGCGCAAGCUCCACGUCACGCGCGUCCAAAAAGACCUCCCGUGGUCGCCGUAUCUGCCGUGCAAGCCCGACGCCGCGGCCACGAUGCUGGCGCUGGCCAAGGCCGGCCCACGCGACACGCUCCUCGACAUUGGCAGCGGCGACGGGCGCGUCGUCUUUGCCGCCGUCGAGCCGCCGUUCGGCGUCGCCAAGGCGAUUGGCGUCGACAUCGACGACGCGUUGGUUCGGCACGCGCAGAAGGACCCGCGCUGCACUUCCGCAACGCUCUUUCUCCUCAGCGACUGGGUCGACGUCGACUUGAGUGGCGUGAGUGUCAUCACGCUCUUCUUCCUGCCGCACAAGAGCAUUGCGACCCUCUUGCGCGCCAAGUGCAAGCCCGGCACUCGCGUCGUCACGUACGUCUUUCCGAUCGCCGACUGGACGCCGGUGGCCACGGCGACCACGGUCGCGUUUCUCUCGGCGACCGGCACGUCGCCCGUCUACUUGUAUCUCGUGCCCGCGUAAGCUCUUGGUGAAAAUGCCACAAAGCUCUUGGUAUCGAGUACAA